AAAAAAUUUUUCAUCAUGGAUAUGGUGACCAUUUCAAGCGAUCACAAUAAUAAUAAUAAUAAUAAUGUUGUAUAUGAAAAUUAUGGAUUCUAUGAUGAAAAUCCAGCAACAAAAACCGGUCAUCAUAAUGAAUCGAAAUCAAAUUGUUCAUCAAAACAAAUUGCCGUAAAAAUUCGUAAUGUUUUUCUUAACUAUGGUAAUCAUCAAGUAUUGAAAGGUAUUAAUAUGAAUGUACCAGUUAAACAAAUUUAUGGUCUAUUAGGACCAAGUGGUUGUGGAAAAACAUCAUUAUUACGUUGUGUAGUUGGAAUACGAAAACCAGAUAGUGGACAAAUAACUGUUUAUGGUCAACAACCAGGAACACCUGAAAGUGGUAUACCCGGUCCAGGUCUUGGUUAUACACCACAAGAAGUGGCAUUAUUUUCCGAUUUUACUAUAGCCGAAACAUUUGAAUAUUUUGGAAAAUUAUUUCAUAUGAAUAAGAAAAAUAUUUCCAAACGAACUGAACAAUUAAUAGAACUAUUAAAUUUACCGGAAAAAGAUCGUUAUAUUAAUAAUCUAAGUGGUGGACAAAAACGUCGUGUAUCAUUGGCUGUUGCAUUGAUACAUUCACCACCAUUAUUAAUAUUGGAUGAACCUACUGUUGGUGUUGAUCCAGUUUUACGAAAAAAUAUCUGGGAUUAUUUACGAAUGUUAACUGAAAAAAUGAAUCUAACAAUUAUUAUCACUACACAAUAUAUUGAAGAAGCACGUUCAGCUGAUCUAGUAUCAUUUAUGCGUAAUGGACAAUUAAUGGCUGAAAAAAAUCCAACAAUUCUAAUGGAACAAUUACAAUUAUCAACAUUGGAAUCGGUUUUUCUUCAUCUAUGUCAAUCUGAUUCAAUCGAUAAACAACAAAAUGUAUUUGAUAUGACAAUUGUUGUUAGUGAUGAUUCAUUGCCAGUAAUUGAAUCGACAAUAAAUCCAUUCAAACAGCCAACAUUUGCAUUUAUCGAUCGUAUACGAGCAUUGAAUUGGAAAAAUAUAACCGGAAUACGAAGAAAUUUAUCAAUGUUAAUCAUACAAUUUUUGAUGCCUAGUUUUCAAUGUUUAUUGAAUUUUACAUGUCUUGGACCAGAUCCAUAUGAUAUACCCGUUGCUAUUUUGAAUAUGGAUAGUCCACCAAUACUAUCCGGUUUAUUUAUCAAUAAUCUAAAUAACAUAACAUUUCGUUUAAUUGAAUUUGAUGAUUAUGAUGAAGCUAUCAAACAUGUACAAAAUGGAUUUGUAUGGGCAUUAUUAUCAUUUCAAUCAAAUUAUACACGUAUAAUGCAAUUGAUAGCCAAUGAUGAUUAUGAUAAUGCAAUGAAUGAUGGUAAUGAAAAUUUACGAUUACCACAAAUCAAUUUACAUUUAGAUACAACAAAUUAUGUCAUAACCAAUACAAUACAAAAAGAAUUAUGGAUAACAUUUAAUCAAACAAUGGCUAUGGCAACAGAAUUAUUUGCUGAUACAAAUCGUGUACAACAAAAUCCAUUCAAUUAUGAUUAUGUAUAUGGAAUGAAAUCACCAAAAAUGAGUGAAUUUAUGGCACCAGGUCUAAUAUCAAUGGCAAUAUUUUUUGCUGCAAUGGCAUUGACAGCAAUAACAUUAGUAUUGGAACGUAAAGAUGGUAUAUUCGAACGUACAUUAGUAGCCGGUGUAAAAACAUUUGAAUUUAUCAUAUCACAGAUUAGUACACAGCUAUUAGUAUUGGCCGUACAAGUUUUAUUAUCAAUAAUAACAAUGUUAUAUAUUAUUGAUAUUGAUAAUCAAGGAUCAGUAUUGAUUAUCUAUUUAAUAACAUUAAUACAAGGAAUGUGUGGUAUGGCAUUGGGUCUUGUUGUAUCGGCAUUUUCAAAAAAUGAAAGUCAAGCAUUAGCAUUAGCAAUGGCAUCAUUUUUACCCGUAUCAAUUAUAUCUGGUAUAUUUUGGCCAGUAGAAGCAAUGCCUAAAUAUAUGAAACCAAUUAGUUAUUUUGGACCACAAACAUAUGCAUUGGAAGCAAUGCGUUCGGUUAUGUCCAGAGGUUGGAAUUUAACAUAUCCAUUAGUAAUUUAUGGUAUUUUAACACCAUCAAUUUGGUUUAUAAUGUUAAUCAUUUCGGCAUCAAUUGGAUUUCAUUUAAUUAGCUUUAAUUAAUUUAAUCAAUAAUUUUUACUAAGCAACCAAUAACAACAACAACAACAAAAAAUUCAAUAAAAUAAUGUAAUCA